AUGCUUGCAAGGGAUUUAUGUUUGUGGCUCUGUCGAUCCCUCACAGCAUUCGAUACUGUUAGUAAUGAGGGGUUCAAAGACUUCCUGAUCAAAUAUAAUGUCAUAUACAAAAUAGAAGAUUUACCUUCUCGAACCACCGUUUCUAGAGAGACGUUAAGUGAUAUAUACGACUGCAUGCUAGCACACAUCAAGCAAGAUAUCCUGGCAAAAAUUGGAACCCAUGCAGCUCUUACAACAGAUCUUUGGCAAGAUCUUUACCGACGUUGCAGCUACAUAACGUAUACUCUGCAAUAUAUAGCAGAUGAUGCCAAUGAAAUGCAAAAUUAUACUUUGGCUACAAGAUUAUUUGAAGGCAAAAAGACUGGAGAAGCUUUAAGUGCAUUCACUCAAGGUAUUAUAUCUUCCUUUGGCCUCGAAGGAAAGUCUUUGUAUCUUGUUACUGAUUCUGGAGCAAAUGUAAAGCGCAUAUCUCAAAAUUUGCAAGGAAUUCAAAGCCACUUAUGUCUGGGACACGGUUUGCAUAAUCUUGUAACAGUAGACGGUAUCAAAAAAACUCCCCAAGUACAAAAUCUCGUGGUAAAAUGCAAGAAAGUUGUCAAAACACUGAGAUAUAGAUUGCCUGAAAUUGAAGAAGAAGCUGACAAGGAACAGCGCCGAAUUUUGACAGAAAUUGAUGAUGUUCAUGACCACCUUGAAGAUGACGAGAACUUUCCAUUUGAUCCUGUACCAGAGUCAGACGUACCGUCAGACGAGGGGACUGAGGUUUAUUUCUCUAGAGCCACUACAUCAUCAGCAUCAUUAUCUGUGCCAUCGAUUAAAUCAGCAACACCCACUCGUUGGCACAGUACUUUAGCGAUGCUACAAAGUUUAAGUAGUAAGUGCAACCGAAAACCAGUGAACGCCAUGCUUGCAAAAUAUAUGUCGGAACUUAAAUUUGAUGAUAAGGAAUGGGAACUCAUUGAAGAUCUGACUAAGUUUUUGACAAAAUUUAAACCAAUUACGGAAGUUUUAUGUACACAGACAAAUUGCUCAAUCAAUUUCGCCUUAGUGUUCAGAUCAGAAAUAAAAGAUGCAUGUGAAGCUUUGAAUGACGAUGAAAAGUUAGUAAUGUUGCAUAUGAAAAGAAAUAUGGCGGAAAUGCUCAAUCACAGAUUCCCAAUCACCAAAAUUAUUGUAGCAGCUGCUUUGCUAGAUUGCAGAUUUACAAAAUUACAAGAAAUAGAUAAUUUUAUGGAAAGUAACAAUACGACAAGAGUGGACUUUUUGGUCAACUGCAUCAAAGAAGUAGUGCCAGCGUGUGAACUUGAGGCGCAAUUCAGCCGCUCUAGUACGUCAAAUAAAGGUGACCAAGACAAUUUUCUGGUCAAACUUGUUGAAAAACAUGCAGUUACGUUUAAUGAUGAUGGACAAGAUUUUAUUGAGAAAGAAUGCCUGAAGUAUUUGGUAUCUUGUAAUGCCAGUGAUUUGAAAGACGGCAAUGUUAUUAAAUAUUGGCAAGAAAGACAAGCAGCAUUUCCGUUACUGUACAAAUUAGCGAAGGCUAUUUUAUCAGUGCCUGCUACAAGCACGCCCAGCGAGAGAGUGUUUUCUAUUGCCGGUUUGACAGUAACGGCAAAAAGGUCUCGUUUAAGUCCAUCACGAGUGGACAAAAUUAUAUUUGUGCAUGAUAAUUACAGCCGUUGCAAGGCAGCCGUUAAUUAA